AUGAAUGGUCGUGGUAAGGCAAACGGAGCGGUGGGCGAUCAAACUUUUUCAAAAUUUCUUUUCAAUAAAGAUAAGGGCACAUGUCUGGGACGAACGGCUAAAUCAUGGGUUCAAAUAUUGGCAUUUUAUUUGGUCUUUUAUUCAUUACUCAUAGCAUUUUGGAUUGGUUGCUUAGCGAUAUUUCUUUCGACACUGGAUGACAAAGUUCCUCGUUAUUAUGGCAAAGGAACGAUUAUCGGUGUGAACCCUGGCGUUGGUUAUCAGCCUUGGCUUUUGGAUGAUCCUGAUUCAACCCUAAUUAGGUUCAAUAUACGAGAUAAAUCAUCCUAUCAGAAAUAUGUCGAUACAUUGGACAAAUAUCUUUUGAAGUAUAGCAAUUUAACAGCGACACGUGAAUGUGUUGGUAAUCAAAGCAAUGCACAGCUUUUCAUGGAUGGAGGUGCUAAAUCUGAAAAUUCAGCAACAAAUAACAUUGUCGAGUCGUGCCGAUUUGAAUUGAGCAAAUUUACUGGAGCUGGUUGUGGCAAAAAUACUGAUUAUGGCUUCUCAGAAGGCAAACCUUGCGUAAUUCUAACAUUGAAUCGAUUGAUUGGUUGGAUGCCAAUUGAUUACGCACGCGAUUCAGUGCCUGAGAUUAUUAAAGCACGAUACAAACCAAAUUUCGUAACAUUGAAGUGCGACGGAACGAGUGACAUCGAUAAGGAACAUCUUGGAAAUGUGACAUACAUUCCGGAAGCGGGUAUUGAUGGUAAAUAUUAUCCAUAUGCUGUUAUGCCUAACUAUCAGCAACCUUUUGCAAUGAUAAAGUUUGACAAUUUACCACGUAAUAAAGUUGUGUUGGUUGAAUGUCGAGCUUAUGCGCAAAAUGUUGAAAUUGACAUUACGUCAAAACUGGGAAUGGUCAAUUUUGAAUUGAUGAUACAGGAUGUUGAACCGGGGAAACCGAUUGAACGAUCGCGGUAA